GGAAGUUGCAGCAUCGAGACAUUCACAGCUUCUACACCGACGACAACACAACACUGACAAACAUGGAGACAACACAGGACCGCGUCUGACGAAGCUAAGCGACAACAUGUCUCGGACUCACCGGAAAAUGAAGCGACAGCUGCUCGACGUCUCUCUGUCACCGACAAGUUCACUACAGCGACUAGUUUUUGACGAGGAAUACCAGAAUACGUGAGCGUUUAACCGCCACAGGCCGAGAGGAYGAAGAGGAGGAGGAGAGAGAAGAAGUGAAAAUGUCUCCGACUGUCGGUGUGGAUCAACCAGCGGCCAUGGAGAGAUUCGGUAGCGGAGGGAUGGCGCUGCUGCCUUGGACCAGACAGAUGCUCACCGUGAUGUGGGAACAGCUUCGGCUGCUGCUGCAGGUCAUCUACUGCAGCUUCAUGUCCGUUUUUCAAAUGUUCAGGUUCGAGGUCCACGUGAGAAUCACAGAUGAGACCGGUCAGCACAUCCAGCACAUGAGCACGACAGCGAAUCCAACAGAUUCCUUCCUGUUCUCCUCAUUGUUUGACGGAGACAACGGKGUCAUGGUCGGCGGCUCGAAUCCCCUCUCUGAGUUCUGCUCUGAUGUUGGCGACCCCUUUGCAGGAAAUUCCACUGCUGAGGCCCUGCUGUCCAGUCUGUGCGCCGACGACCUGUGCUGCGGACUCGUGGAUGACUUUGUGUCCAGAACGGCCGGGAAAGAAGAGGGCAUCUUUCUCGGCUUUGCUAGAGACUGGAACGUCUUUGUGUCAAGCAGCGACAGCUCCGGUUCAAACGAGGCCUGUCAUAAAAGACGUGAGAAAUUCUUCAGAGAGGAUCUUUCAAAAACAAAAGUUGUYAAACAGGACACGUCAGAAGAGGACAGGAGUUUUGACUGCAGUAGUGAGGAAGACCAGAGCGUAGUAGAAUUUGACAGUGAGGAAAGUAAGGCYCUUUGGGAGUCCCUGUCAAAAUCGAGUGAUCCUUACAACCCCUUCUUUUUCUCUGCGUGCAUUUCAACAAACACAGGCAUGGGCAAAAUUAAAAACCAAGCGAGGGACAGUAGCGAUACUGACAUCAUGUCAGGACUGAAMUUUUGGSUCAGUCGCUCUGACAGCGAGAGCAGUUGGGCCAGUUCAGAUGAUUCGAGCCCUGAUGUGGACAAAGAGGAGAGUGAGAGGCUUUGGGAGUUCUUCAGCAGUCCUGCAGARCCCUACAAUCCCAUGUGCUUUACCGCCUGCACAGUCGGCAACACARCUCUUCAAACCCCCUCCACCAAAGUCUCUAAAGUACAGGCCUUUCUUCCUGCACCCCCUUCUAGGUCAGACACUGAUGACGAGAGCAGCCUUCCUCCUUCAUCUGAGGAUGAUGAAGAUGAGCAGCUGUGGAAAUCUCRCUGCCAGAAGGACGAUCCGUUCCACCCUCUUAACUUUCAGGCUUGCCUCCAGAGCUCGACAACACCAGCACUCCAGUCUGAGGAAGAUCUAGAUGCACUUAAAGUUCACCUCACAACAAAUUCUCCCACGAAGAGCAAGAAAUYUGAAAAAGACUCAAAACCUCCCAAAACAUCCAGCAGCAGGCCGUCUCUACCAGACAGGCUGUUAAAGCAUCACUCCCACCAAGACAAAACACUGGUGCCAUGGAAGAGACCUGGACGAACA